AUGCGCUCCACGCGCUGCGGGCCGUGGGACGCCGCGCUGCUGUGCGGCGGGCCGCCCCGCACGCACGCCGCGCCGCCGCCCGCCGCCACCAUACUCAAAGCAACAGCGCCGCGAAACUCAGUGAUCGACUUGCGACCGAAGCCUCUCAUCACUGACCGGCUGCCGACGCCGUUGGCAUUCACGUUCGGCGUCUCUUUCUACACCUUUAGACUGUUGAGGUGGCUAGUGGGGUUGGGAACGCACACUGACUGGCUGGAGGACAAAUAUAGACUGACUGAAGGUCUGGAAACUCUUGCGCAACUGGUGGACUCGGGGGUGGUAGCGCCUGUGCUGGACAAGGUGUACUUACCACAGGACUACGAGAGUGCGCUGGCGCACGCCUGCAGCGAGGACGCGCUGGGGACUACCGUCGUGAGAUUCCCAUAAAAAUAUGGGAUUAUUUGAUUAUUAUUAUUAUUACUUGGGAUUCUUCUUUUAGGCGAUGGGCUAGCAACCCGUCACUAUUUGAAUCCCAAUUCUAUCAUUAAGCCAAACAGCUGAA